AUGUCCAAAGCAGCAGCUUCACCAGUCGUCCUUAUACUUGGCGCAGGUGCCAACAUUGGUGCCCAUGUCGCUCGCUCCUUUGCAGCAAAAGGGUACCGUGUCGCUUUAACGUCGAGGACUUCUCGAGCUCAGGAGACGACCGAUGACGGAGACCUUCACCUCCAAGGCGAUCUCGCAGACCCUGGGUCCGUCGCUGGCAUCUUUGCGAAAGUACGAGAUCUUCUCGGUCUGCCUAGCGUGGUGGUCUAUAAUGCUGCAAUGGCCACUCCGAACCCACCACAAGAUCCACUCUCGGUCUCUAUCCCCGUCCUCAGCCGUGACCUCAACGUCAAUACUCUCAGCGUCCUGGCUGCUGCCCAUGAAGCAGUUCUAUCCUUUGAAAAGCUACCCCCAAGUGCCUCACGCACCUUCAUCUACACGGGUAACAGGCUCAACAUUGCUCCGAUCUUGCCGCUCCUCAGUUUGGGCAUAGGAAAAUCCGCUACGGCGCACAUAAUCUCCUCUGCUUCACUGGCGUACAAAGAUAAAGGCUAUAGAUUCUACUAUGCUGACGAGCGGACGUCUGAGGGAUCACCAGUUGGAGGAGCAGUUGAUGGAAGCGCACAUGGGGAGUUCUACGUGAAUCUGGCUGAAAGACAAGUUCUACGAGGACGUAAUGCCACCUAUCGCCUCCUCAAUGCACUCCAUGCGCCAACGGUGUAUAAAGCGCAAGUGCUGGAGAGUUCUAUCAUCAAAGCAGAGUUUGCGGUGGUCAAAACAGCAGUGGAGUCCACCAAGAAAGCCUUGAGGCGAGAGCGAAACAAUUACCUCAUUCCUGGAAUACGCUCGAGCCCAUAUAUCCGCAGUCACUGGGACAUACUUGAUGCCUACUCGAGUGAUGACAGAGCGCAGGCAGAUGAGACGGCCACAGCCCCGCCCGGUAUGGUCUUCGAGUGGAUGGAGUAUGACUUGUGGCAGGUGUCGUCUGAAAGAUAUCGUCAAGACUCAAUCCUUCCCAAAGUCAUAGCUAGAUCAGUACUGUCGGCACUCGCUCUUCUGAAGACACAGUACGACGCAAUCCACACAGAUAUCAAUCCAAACAAUAUUUUCCUUUCUGAUAUCGACGGUCCUUCUCCUGUCGUGAAAUUAGGAGACUUAGGAAACAUGUUCGGAGAUGGGUAUGACGUAAUGCGUCUUCAGAGCCUUGAGUGUCGUGCCCCCGAGGUGUGGAGAGGCUUAGGUGUCUGGCAUUCUUCGGACGUGUGGUCAUUUGGGGUUACGCUUACGCAUUGGCUUUCGCACUCAGCUAUCUUCGGUCCCCACGAUAAGAUCGUUCAAGAUCUGACCGAAGCCUGGUGUAUAGCCAAGAUACGACGGCUUGUUGGGUCAAUGAAAGCGCCGGUCGAUCCGAGAUACGAAGACGAAUUCGCGUUGGCGGAGUAUCUCGAAACAAGCUCUUUCAGGCAUGAGGAUGAUUCUUCGGAGAGACCAUUCAUGAGUGUUGGUACCCUUCGUGAAGAGCUCGAGAAGCUCUCUGCUCCCAAGGUGUCUCCAGAGCUUCUUGACUUCAUCGAGUUCUUGCUUGUUCUGGACCAUACGAAGAGGCCAAGCGCAGUGGAGGCGCUACAGCAUCCUUAUCUUCGCUAG